GCACGAUCUCGUCCGCUAGCGUCGGGCUGUUCUACGUCGCGUCUCGAAGUCUCGAAUCGAUCGAUGGCUCGAUUGCGCGUCCCUCCUCCUGCCGCCCGACCCUUCGAGAAGUCGACCGAUCGUGUUCAGUCUAUCGUUGAUCGUUGAUCGAUUGGUUCUGAUCGUUACUCGGUUCGUGUGGCGGAACAGAGGAUCGUCGUCGGUGAUAGAGAGGAUCCGGGUGAAAGUUUUUCAUCAAAACAUCGUUUCGUCCUUUCUCGUGCGUGGUCAUGCUCCUAACCGUAGCGAGUUGUAUGGUGCAGGUGAACCGCAUGCGUGAUAGGAUCCGCGCAUCCGUUCGAUUCCGUGGCUCUUAAGAGAGGUUAUACACACGCGUUUACGGGAUUUUUGAGAUUCUACCUAUUGGAAGGAGGCUGAGAGCGGCGAGAAAGAAGACGACGAACCGCAAGAAACUCGCGGUGGAAUUGCCGAUUCAUUCGAUUUACCGUUCACCGUGAAUCUGGUGUCUAUGAAAUCGUGGAUAUCGCGGGACGAUGUCGUCGAGUGGUGAAUUUUCGACACUGUCGAGUGGUGAGGCGACCGGAACCGGAGACGACUCGUUGCCCAGUUCUCGAGAGGCGACCGCGGAAGCUGCGGGUUCGGGGGCCGGAUUCAUGCCGCUGCGCGAGUUCCUCGACAGAUUCUCGUUACCUAGGGUGGUGAGGGUGGAAGGUGCCGGUGGAAGACCGAUAUUGUUGUACAAACAACAGCAAAGAUCGCUGAGAGUCACGGCUACGCUGCUGAUGCAUCGCUACCGGCAUGACGUGAAGGUUGGACCCGAGAUUGUGAUUCCGGAGGGAUAUCCUGGCUGGUUCUCCGUUGUCUCGAACAACAGUGGUACCGGAAGUGCCAGGGUGUAUCGAAGAGUGGGUGCCUUGGUUCGAGCCGGGGUCCCAGCAUUUCUGCUCGCCAAACCUCUGAGAGCUUACACUCUGACGCACUCAAAAAUGGAGAACGGCAACCUGAGGGCCCACUACACGAAGACGACGGUGAGGGCGGGGGAGGUGCUGCGGCUGGCCGCCGUUUUCCAAGACACGCGGAGGGCGCCCGUCUCGGGCGGCGUUUCCGGCGUGGUUGGCGGCGCGGCCGAGGGCAAGAGUUCGAGGUCGUCGGAACGGGACCAGUACGCCCAGUGCCUGGAUUCCCACGGCCACGAGCUGUUCGCCCCCCUUUCCGCCAGAGGGGAGUUCUACGCGACUUGUCAGAGCGGGAGCCUCGACACCGGAAGCGACGCUGUCCUCUACAGGGUUCACCAGCUCGCCAGAAGGGACCUUCCUCUGAGGGUACGACUGGUCGCUGGACCCCUGCCAAUACCCUUGCCGCGAGAUUACAGCGGCCUGAUGCAGCUGGAAGGCGCGACGAGGGGCCCGAUAGUGCUGGGAUGCGCGGUACCUUUGAUGCCCGAGAGGCCCCUGCCGAAUUCCACGGUCCCGGAACUCCUCGAGCUGGUCGCCACGGGGCCGACCGCGCCUCGAGUGAAGAGGGCGCGGCUAGGCUGCCCCUCCGAGGCGCGGCUACUCGCGUCGCCCAAGAUGCAGCGAUUACUUUCAGCCUGCAGGAGAGCGUUGGACCAGAGGGCAACGGAGCCGCGGGUGGCGCCGCCCAAGCCUGCCGCAAACGGCGGCGGCCAAUUGAAAGAGCUUCACCUGAAGGAGAUCAAGUCGAAGCCGGAAGCGAAGCCGAUCCUGCAGAGUCUGAAGGAGGGGUUGGAGCACAUCAAGCGGACGACGAUCAGGGAUCGGAGCAGCAACGGGCGUGCGGCGGGCGGCGGCAACAACCAUCACAGCUUCCUCGACCGGAUCUCGAGGAUAGCCCAGGGCGGGGGCAGGAACCCGGCCAAGAAGUCGGCCUCGUUCACGUUCGCCGUCAGGCCCGAAAUCGGGAUGAGGUCGGAGAGAUACGCGAGCCUCGAGUCGGAGACGAACCUCCACCACCCGUCCGCCCCCUCGCCGAGGCAGCAGGUGCAACGAUCGGUGUCCACGAGCGUGCUCGAGGUCCAGACCCAGCAGGACGUGGAUCCACCCUACUCCAAGGUCAGGGACAGCUUGACACCGCUACCGUCCACCCCCCCCUCGUCCAAGACCGAGGAGAUAUACGCGGAGAUCUGCGAGCCCACCGGCCCCGCCCCCGCCUCCCAGCAGGAGAAGCCGCCCCCUCCGCCGCCCCCGCCCGAGGGGAGGAACGGGACGAGGGAGAAGGACAGGGGUUACGUGAAGUUGGCGCUCUCCCAAUCCGAGAUAUCCGACAUUUCGAACGUGGCCGAGGAGGAGGAGGGGAUUUAUAACACGGUCUGCUGAUGAUCACAGGGGUUUGGAUUAUUGUUGAAAGGGGAGGAGGGGUUGUUUUAUGGGAUGGUUGAAUCGGUGGAAAGGGAAGAGGUAGGUAAAUAGGUUGGAUGUGUCUCUUCUGUUUUUCUUCUUCUUUUUUUUUUUUGAAAGAAGUUGUUUCGAAUAAUUAUUGGCGGAGAAUAAUGUGAUAAAAAGUACGUACGUUUUCGUUCUAUAAAGUUAAAAUGGGAGAAGGGAAGCAGUCGGAGGGAACCAGUUUCUCCGGAGGAGAAGAACAUUUUAAACUUUCCAACGUUUAAGCUAAAUCAUCCCUGUACAACUCGUAAACAUCGGCCACAUUGAAAUCGGCUCUCAAGUUUUAUUCUGCCUUCGGGCGUAAAGGGAUCGAGAUCUUGAAUCGCUCGACACGUUUUGAACAUUUUUUUAAAAGACAGCUUCUUCCAUCCCGGCUUCGAUAAAAUUUCCUUUCCCGAUGCAAGUGACACUUGUAAUUUUAUCGAGCAGCUCUUGGAUCGAAGAUAGCCUCGUUAUUAACAAGAUGAAUAAACGUCGAAGAGAACCUCUGGCACAGUUAGAAUUUCGUUCAAACAAAAAUUUUAACUAUCGUAUCUUUGUGAUGAUGCAAGUGAAAGUAUAUUUUACACAUGUAUAAAAUAAGUAAUUACCUUUUCCAAUGAAAGAAUCAUAAUUAAAUAGAUGAAAAAGAACACGUUAUGUUCUCUAUUAUCGAAUAAUAACUUUGCCAAAGUUAAUCUUCUACAUCACAAUAGCCCUAUACGCUCCACAGAAACACGUUCGUUUCGCAAAAUUUGUAACGCCCCUCUUCUAAACAUCUUGUUCGAUUAUUAGAUUGAGGAUAUUUAUGCAAAAUUUAUACACGAAUGAAAACAACGUAUGAAAAAAAGUAUAUAUAUAUAUAUAACUCAUUCUUCAAUUAUCUUAAUGACAUCGCAACGUACCUUGAAUAUUUCAUAUAUAUAUAUAUAUUUUUUAUCACAAAUAAACAUCCUCCAGUCUACUAAUUAUCAAGCAUGAACCUGCUUGGGUCCUCCUGUACAUCGUAUAAACAUAGUUCCAUCGUGGUUCAUUGAUAAGGGACAACGUGUGACUUCCUAGAAUCAAGAUAGACAGAGAGGGGAACAAGCGUCGAGGAAGAAUUUACAGCGUCAUUUGCCGAAGGAAUUAUCCUCCCAGCGUGUUUUUCUACCCUUUUCCUUGGGAGAACGGCUGCGUCCUCCACGGGGAACCGGACCGGAAGAUUUACAAGGCUGUUGACCGGUGAAAAUGAUCGCGUAAUUGCGGUCCUGGGCGGCGGAUGUAGCGGGCCCACGGCGGGACGCCAACCCGACUUCCGGUUGGCAUUAAAGGAUUCUGGACGAUCGAUUAUUAUUAGGAGCGACCCGUAUUCGAGGACGUGGCGAAGGAUUCGAUUCUUCGUUCGUUUAUGGAUUGAUUAUGGCCAAGUGGAUUGGAGAGGAGCGUGUAGAAUGAAAUAUCAUGUGACCUGAGUUAAAUCAAUUUAAUUUUCCAAGUGUGAUUCCGUGGAUUGGAUGAUUGAAGUGAAUUUGGAAUUUUUUUUUUUUUGUAAAAUCUGUUGAAGUUGUUUUGGUGAUCCAUAUUUGAUGACGUGCAAGAAUUUCUACUUUUGUGAUCUAUGAAUGGUGUAUAUAUAUAUAUAUAUUUUUGAGGAGGAGGAGGAGUGAAGAGGAUGGAAUAAAAAAUUGUGUACGAAAGAAAUAGUUCCUUUUUGCCUGGAUGUGUGCAAGGGACACGUUUUUUAGCAAUGAUUACAAUUUAGUUUGAAGCGGAUUGUUUUGAUAUUCGAAAAAAAAGAUUUUUUUUUUUGUACAGUUGUUGGUAACGUUUUAGCGUUUAAGAUGGUUGAUUCGACGACCAGCGUAUUUUUGUACAUUUGUUGAUACUGGUUGUGAACACCCACGAGAAACACGAUUUGUAAUUUUCUUAUUGUAUAGUUAUUAUUUUAUAAUACACCGAUUCGCAGUUAAA